CGACUCCCCCCGCAGCCCUCUCCGCCGUCCACGCAGGUCUGCCAGCCAUGGGUUACCUUGGCUUCCUCUUCUUCGCCUCUUCCUCCAAACGAUCCACCACACACGAUGUCCAGCCCGACCUGACGACACUCUACCCUCCCAAGAAACCCAUCGCGCGGCUCCAGCCGAAGGCACCCUCCGUGCCGAUGCCGAUGGAGAUUGUUAUGACCAUCCUCGAGUCCGCAUACGAGGGCGAGGACGUGCCUGCGUACAACGCGCUCCUCAAGAACACCUCGCUCGUCUGCAAGAACUGGUCCUCUGUUGCCCAGAAGCUCCUCUUCCGUAACGUUACCCUCACCAACCAGACCGCGGCCAUUGCUUUCCAACAGGCUGUCGACCGUGCGACCCCAAGAGGUUGCUACCUUGGCGAUGCCGUAGUCCGCAUGAAGGUCGUGUUGGACCAGAAGCAGCGCUACCGGCUUUCUCACAAAUCGUUCGCACGCGCCGUCUCCCUCUGCCCCAACCUUUACGAACUCAGCGUCUCAUUGUACGGUGAAGGCGCUCCGGGUCUGGACAUCAUCGGGUCGCCGGAUGCUUCGCGCAUGAAGAGGUCUGCACCCUCGUUCGACGAACGCACGCUCGACAUCCUUCGCGCCGGCCCGCAGAUCUCGGCGCUUCAGUUCUCCAACUGGUCCGACAACAGCUCCUCGCUUCUCCAGCUUCUCGACGUGUGGCCCUCGCUCACCUCGCUGGACAUCAGCGGCACGACGCCCCAGCUCGAGCGCGAUAACGCCGAGCCCUUCCCCUGCGUCCUGCGUGAGCUCCGGACUAACUUCCAGUCCUCGCCCUCCAUGGAGUUCAUGCGGUGGCUGUUGCACAACUCCGUCGGCAGUCUCAAGGUCCUGGAUCUCGCCCGCGAGCCCCACCCAGAUAUGCUCGAGUACUUCAUCUCUGAGCACGGCGCGACGCUCGAGUCCCUGUCUCUCCCUACAUGCGGCACUCACGAGGCCGCGGCCGCGGUGCGGAGAUGUGCGGCGCUGCGCGAACUCAAGAUCGAGGGUGCCUGGGCGUCUCCAAGGGUGUACCAGACGUUGCCCGCUGGCCUGCAGCACCUGGCGUUCAGCGUCGAUAGCGACACCGCGCUCCUGCCUGUUAUUCAGGCCAUCAAGCGGAGCACGGACGUCCGCGUCGUCACGAUGCAUGUCUGGCACGGCGGUGACAAGCACCCCCAGCUCUCCGCGGUUCGCAUUGCUUGCACUAUCAAGGGCAUCGAGCUCAGGCAGACCAAUGACGUUCCGGCGUUCCGCGCGAUCACUCGCGGUGAUCCGGUGCCCACAUCCACCUAUCCCCGCACUCGGUCGUUCAACAACCUCCUCUACAUGGCUUCAUGCGCUUCCACGACCCUCUAACCGAUUGACAUCUGCACCAUCUAAGAUUCGCCCACCAUCGCGCGCUCGUCGCGUGUUAAUUCCCACCUUGUAUCCACAUGUGCCUUGUUGCUCCUGAUCGGACACUGGCCCAUUUGUGCUCCAUCUGUAUCCAUCCCCGUCACUCACGUCUCUACACACAUUCGAACACAUGUCCCAUCAUCGCCCCGCACGUCACGACCAACUCACGACCCUCACUCACCGUCUCUGUCCUCGCAUACAUUUGGCUCAUAAUCUAUUCCGUGCACAUAUCCACCGUUCGCACCGCGCUUCGUUCUCCUCACCCACACGUGUCCCGCAUCGCACAUCCCGACUCGCUCACGGCUCGCACUACCGACAUCGACUCUCCGACUACCAGAAUGACCAAUAGAUUCGCUGUCUACGCUCCGCUCUCGCGCUCGCGCCCCGCUAUGCCAAGUUCCCCGUAAUCGACCGCGCUGCUCUCUCUCUCGCUAUUCGUUCACCCCGCCCCGCCCUGCGCCCGGCCGUCCCCACUCUGCACAUAUCCCCGCUCAAGUCAGCUCAGCUCGCACCCGCCACGACGUACACGUACACCCGCCCCCCAGCGCGCUCCCGCUCCCCGCGCGUAAUGUGUACAGCAGCUCUACGAUAUGCGCGCCCGACGGACGGACGGGCUAAUCCGCCCCGCGCGCGACCACGCCGCUACGGGAAGGGGGCUCCUCCGUCGCCGCAGGGCCGUGUCUGCCACUUUUUAUUCUCUCGAGGAAGGAGGUCCCUUUUUUGGUUUACCCAUUCCGCCGCAUUCGCAUUCGUUCUUGACCUCGUUCGUUACGCGUUGUUCUGUUCGCCACCUUAGAGUAAGCCCUCGCGCGCCCAUAUUUGAUAAUUUUAUACAUCUUUGCUUUACGGAGCACCCAGUCC